CGAGGAAGAGGAGGAAGAGGAAGGCUGCUGGCUGUGCCUCCUCCCCCUCUGCUCCUCCCCGUCCCUCCCUCCCUCCCUCCUCCUGUCCCCGGCGGCAUGUGCUCCCGCUCGGAUCCCGGGGGGCUGCCGGGGCUCCUCCUGCUCCUGAUCCCGCUCCUGCCGGGGCUCCUCUGAGCGGGGCUUGCUCCGGGGCCAUGGGCUCAGCCGACGCCACCCAGGAGCAGCGCUGGGACCUGGCGGCCGGGUGAGGGAGGUUUAGAAGAGGAAGAGAAAAACAGUCCAACUACCAGAACCAAACCUUAGAAAGUCUGCAUACAACUUCUCUUCUCAUUCUGGCCUGAUGAAGAUGGCUAAUUUCACCAAUGACAACAUCACUGAGGAGGGCACCACCAAAUAUAAGACUGUGGAGAUGGUUUUCAUAGCCACAGUAACUGGCUCAUUGAGUCUUGUCACUGUGGUGGGGAAUAUCUUAGUCAUGCUGUCCAUCAAAGUGAACCGUCAGCUCCAGACUGUCAAUAACUACUUCCUCUUUAGUUUGGCCUGUGCAGACCUGAUAAUUGGAGUCUUCUCCAUGAACCUCUAUACAGUCUAUAUUAUCAAGGGCUAUUGGCCACUAGGGGCUGUGGUAUGUGACCUUUGGCUAGCCCUGGACUACGUAGUGAGCAAUGCCUCUGUCAUGAACUUACUAAUCAUCAGUUUUGACCGCUACUUCUGUGUCACCAAGCCACUGACCUACCCAGCUAGGCGGACAACCAAAAUGGCAGGGCUGAUGAUUGCAGUUGCUUGGAUAUUGUCCUUUAUCCUCUGGGCACCUGCCAUAUUAUUCUGGCAGUUCAUUGUUGGGGAGAGGACAGUUCCAGAAGGGCAGUGUUACAUUCAGUUCCUCUCCAACCCAGCCGUAACAUUUGGCACUGCCAUUGCGGCUUUCUACCUCCCAGUGGUCAUCAUGACUGUGCUGUACAUCCAUAUCUCACUGGCUAGCCGAAGCCGUGUGAGGAGACACAAACCUGAGAGCAAGAAGGAAAAGAAGUCUAAGCCACUAAGUUUUUUGAAGAGCCCUCUAGUUAAGCAGAAUAACAACAACUCUCCCAAAAAAGCAGUGGAAGUGAAGGAGGAAGUGAAAAAUGGGAAAGUAGAAGAGCAGCCACUACAACCCUCAGAGACAACUGGACAUCAAGAGGAGAAAGAGACCUCCAAUGAAUCUAGCACGGUAAGCAUUACCCAAACUAAUAAAGAAAAGCAGGUACUGGAUAUUGUGCCAGCGGACCAAGGGCAGAGCCCGGCCCAUCCAAGGAUUAAUCCUGCCUCUAAGUGGUCAAAGAUUAAGAUUGUCACUAAGCAAACUGGUACAGAGUGUGUCACAGCCAUUGAAAUUGUGGCAGAAAAAGAACCCAGUUCUACUGCAAUUACCUUGGCAAACAGCCGUCCAGCUAACGUGGCCAGGAAAUUUGCUAGCAUUGCCAGGAGUCAGGUUCGGAAGAAGCGCCAAAUGGCAGCUCGGGAGAAGAAGGUCACCAGAACCAUCUUUGCCAUCUUGCUCGCCUUCAUCCUGACGUGGACACCUUACAAUGUGAUGGUCCUCAUAAAUACCUUCUGUGAUUAUUGUGUCCCUGACACAGUCUGGUCCAUUGGGUAUUGGUUGUGCUAUGUCAACAGCACCAUCAAUCCUGCUUGUUAUGCCCUUUGUAAUGCCACAUUCAAGAAAACCUUUAAGCACCUUCUCAUGUGUCAGUACAGGAAUAUUGGCACAGCAAGAUAAUCUGGAAUUUGGACAUUUCUUGGCAGAGCUGCUGCAGAGACUUGGUCUUCUGUCCUCCAGACUGUGCAGCUCUAAGUGUGCUAUUUAAUUCCAGAUGCAGCCCUUCAAAAAAACCCAAAACCAGAUACAGCGAUAAAACACCAACACCUUCCCCUUUCUUAUUUGCUAACCAUGAAGCAGCCAUUAUUAUAUGGCCCCUGAGUGUGCUUCUCCAGAAAACAAAGGAUAAAGAAAGCAGGGAUUGGAUGCUGUGAUGAAGUUUAACUGGAGAGGCAUGCGGGAUUCCCCUCCCUGGCUCACUGGUCUUGAAAUACUGGUGAAAUGUUUGGUUCCCUUGCACUUUCUGGAUAUAACCAGAGGUAGGCAGGAUAUAAUCUGCUGGUGAUUAUGCCAGGGUACUGGAUGGGACAAAAGGAUAGUAUGUGACAGAACUUUCCUCUUUUCCCAGAAGGCUUUGCACUCAUGUGUAGAUGAAAAGAAUGUGUGCAAGUGUAUGGAAAGUUGCCGACAGUGCUAAUUAAUUCACAAAAAAUGAAUGUGAAGACAAAAAGGGACUGUCAUGGCACCAAAAUUCUGCUAUUGAUUCUGCUUGGAGCCAGAAAAGGUGACUGACGUGUACUUUCAUAAUAUUUUAGCACUUUGUCCCAGUUGAAUUUCCAAUGUCUCGAGUUCAAGGGAUGUGUUCCCCUCAGGGAGUAUUCCUACAACUGGACCAACCUGCCUGCUUAAAAGACUUUCCAAGGAAUUUACAGACUGCCUUGAUUCCUUCUCAACUGCCCAUGACAGAUGGAUGGGCUAGAGUGGAGAGACUAAUUUCUGCACUGAAA